GCACUGUGAGAGUACACGGAAACCCGGGGCUUCGGGCUCCCUCCUCCCAGGAAGGAGAGUGGCUGCGGCGUUCAGUGCUAGGGCUCCGGCGUCCCAACUAGAACUCCAGCCGGGGGGAGGGGGGCUUGGUUUCGAAAGCCCAGCGUCCGCAGCUGGCCACCGCCAGCCGAGGAGACAGCAAGGCACUCCGCUAGUUCCCUAACCUCAUCGCCCGCUGGAGCCGCGCCAAGCCUACCGUGGGAGCCGGAGCACUGGAAAGGAAAUUCAAAAGCCGGUGACCUUCUGGACCCUACGGGUCGGAGGCGGGCUCUUCGGGGGAGGACCUCCGCCUUUUCUUAAAGCGCCCCUUACACGAAUCUCUCAAACUUCCAAAGGGGAGGGAAGAGGGCGAGCUCGGCUUCGGAACCGAAAGGAUUAAAGGAGUAUCGCCCUGGGAGAGAGAAGAAGCCAGGGUCAGAGCUGGGCAGGGCGUGAGCCAGGUUAAUAAUCAAGAUGGUACAUACUGAAGCCUUCUCUCGUCCCUUGAGUCGGAACGAAGUUGUUGGUUUGAUUUUCCGUCUGACGAUAUUUGGUGCUGUGACGUAUUUUACCAUAAAGUGGAUGGUAGAUGCAAUUGAUCCGACCAGGAAGCAGAAAGUCGAAGCUCAGAAACAGGCUGAAAAACUAAUGAAGCAAAUUGGUGUGAAAAAUGUAAAACUUUCCGAGUAUGAAAUGAGCAUCGCAGCACACCUGGUGGACCCCCUUAACAUGCACGUUACUUGGAGCGACAUCGCAGGUCUGGACGACGUCAUCACAGACCUCAAAGACACCGUCAUCUUGCCUAUCAAGAAGAAGCACUUGUUUGAAAAUUCCAGGCUCCUCCAGCCUCCGAAAGGCGUUCUACUCUACGGACCUCCAGGCUGUGGUAAGACAUUGAUUGCCAAGGCCACUGCCAAGGAGGCGGGGUGCCGAUUCAUCAACCUCCAGCCGUCCACCCUGACAGAUAAGUGGUAUGGGGAGUCGCAGAAGUUGGCCGCUGCCGUGUUCUCCCUCGCCAUCAAGCUCCAGCCUUCUAUCAUCUUUAUCGAUGAAAUAGACUCUUUCCUUCGAAGCCGAUCGAGUUCAGAUCAUGAAGCUACCGCCAUGAUGAAAGCUCAGUUCAUGAGCCUCUGGGAUGGGCUGGACACAGACUACAGCUGUCAGGUCAUAGUGAUGGGAGCAACCAACCGUCCUCAGGAUCUCGAUUCUGCUAUUAUGAGAAGAAUGCCUACGAGAUUUCACGUCAACCAGCCAGCUUUAAAACAGAGAGAAGCCAUCCUGAAGCUGAUUUUGAAGAAUGAAAAUGUGGACAGGCGCGUGGACCUGCUAGAAGUCGCCAAAGAAACCGAUGGGUUCUCAGGAAGUGAUUUGAAAGAAAUGUGUCGGGACGCUGCCCUCCUGUGUGUCCGGGAAUAUGUGAAUUCUGCUUCAGAAGAAAGCCGUGAUGAAGAUGAAAUUCGGCCAGUGCAACAGCAGGACCUGCAUCGAGCGAUCGAGAAGAUGAAGAAAUCAAAGGAUGCCGCUUUUCAGAAUGUUCUAACCCACGUUUGUUUAGAUUAAGAGUAAAGUCCCUUGUUUGUAUGGUUCACGCGGCGUGUCCCCUUGUCACUGAGCGGGGGGAAGAGGGGAGGAGGAGUGGGCUUGGGGCAGCAGGAGGUGAUGAUUGCCCUGUGGCCUUGGGCUUAGUGAACAGAGGUAGGUGGGUGAAUGAGGGGACCUCUGCCCAAGAUCCCCUGAGAGGGAGGGGUGCUUGUCUUGGGCCCCUCCAGCUCCCAGUGGUAGCCUCUUGGGUCAUUGGAAAGGAAGGGGACAGAUUAAGUGCUUGUGCCUGUAUAUAGGUAUGAGUGUGUGAGUGUGUGUGUGUGUGUGUGUGUGUGUGUGUGCGCGCGCACAUUUUAUAUUGACUUUCUUUUGGAGAGGUUUGAAUACAGAACCUUUUUUUUUUAAAAUCCAGCCACUGAUUCAAAUGGCACCAAAUUCUGUAGAGAGGAGUGAGGUUUCGAGGUGGGUCUUCAGGGCGCCCCCCAUCCGUUGUUUUCCAGUUCAGUUUCUCCAUGGUUUUAGCUGUUGUUGCUUGAGCAGAGAGAAGUUGGGUGAAAGGACUCACAACCUGACCAGCCCAUGUGGCCAGAUGUGACCCCGGGAUGCACUGUCAGGAUGGCCAGAUGUAACCCAUUGCCCUGCGACCUGCGGGCAGAACCGCUGCGUCCACGUGGCCCUCUGAGCUCCGUGAUGGGGAGAUCACUUUGAGUCUCAGCUUCACAUAAACGCGGGGGUCAGCCAGGUUUCUCCCACAUGAGCUUGUUAGAAAUCUUCAGUGCCAUUUAACACAAAUCUCCCAUUAAAGUGCAGUUCUUCGGACACUUUUUCAUUCAGUGCAGCAUUUUUCCAUUGCAAAACAAUGAAUUUUUUUAAUGGUUUCAAGUUAUGUUUUCUUUGAUUAUGGGCAAAUACAACUUACUGAAUUUAAAGGGCUUUGCAUAAGUCUAAAAUAGGGAGAAAUGUAAAAUUACAGGAUGUUAAAUAUUAUGCUGAAAGAUUUCCUUUUGUAACUUUAAUUUUUUUUCAGUAUUCUUAGAGCAUUGUUAUAAAUUGUGCAUUUGGGCAAGUGUGGACACACUUAGGAAGAUUUCCAAAUAUCUCUGGAGUCUGCUUUGAUCUUAAGUGGAUUAUUUCUAUAGCAAACUCUCUGUUCUCCAGAGUUCUGUUAGGCCCAGUGUUUUUAGCUUCUCUUCAUGCAUUGACAAUUACUGCGAGCAUUCGACCCUAAUUAUGGCAUUGCCCAGCCCUGAAGCACCUUCCCAAAUAUCCAAGAGUAAAUGUGUGGGGUCUUGAGGUUUGUGUGGAGAAAAUGAUGGAGAGCAAAGCCAGUUCUAAAGAGUUAGUUAUGAACAUGCGAUGGAUAAUCCAUCACGUGACACUAGACACCAAAAAUAAGGCGUUUCAUCUCAAGUUGAUGAGCACUGUGCUACACUCUAAUUUUGUAAAUGUGUAAUAAAGGGGUCCCUGAUCACUGAGACUUUCUCCA